AUUAACCUAGAAUUUUUUAAUUUACGAUUACCAAAAGUUAUAAAUAAAUGUUCAUUUUCUCUAGUAGUUUAGAUAUUUGUUAUUGUUUUAUAAAAAUCGUCAUAAUGAAAAGGAGCAUACGACAAGUGUCUCGAGCAAGGAAAAUAAUUAUUUCUUCAAGUGAUUCUGAGGAUGAACCUGCAGAUGUUUCAAAUGAUGAAAAUUAUGUUCCCACGAAAACACCUCAGAAAAAGAGGAAGACAAUUACAAAUAGUACCAGGAGUACCCUUUCAUUAAGUGAAAAUAGUAAACAAAUAGCAACAAAACUUGGAAGAGAAAAAAUAAAAACAGAACUUAUAGAUAGCACAAAUGAAUCAGUAGAUUUGAAUAAAAAGACACAAAAUAAAAAUGUAAAGAUGAAAAAAGAAGAAAUACAAAAUUCUGACGCAGGAAAUAUUAAACAAGUAUUAAAAGAUAUAUCUUUAAAAUCUACAGAAUUGAAAGAAUGGACUGUUGAAGAUUAUGUUAGCGAAGUGAACAAUAUUGAAAAACAUAUAGUAGAAAAUGUUAUAAAGCUUUUUAAUAAUGACAAUACAAUCCCAUUUAUCGCAAGAUAUAGGAGGGAUAUGACUGGUGGCAUGGAGCCAGAUAAGUUAAGAGCACUGAAAGAAAGUCUCGAUCAUGCUAAAGUUAUCAAACAACGUUCUAAUACUAUAUUGAAGUCUAUUGACAAAUUAGGACAGUGGUCUCCUGCUAUUCAUUCCACUGUUGUAUCUGCCAAAUCUUUAGACGACUUAGAACAUAUAUAUUCUUUUUUUAAGCCAGCAUCUAAGCGAACUUUAGCAGAAAGAGCAAAAGAGCUAGGUUUGGGAUCUGUAAGUGAUUUUGUGUUACAGGGUCAGGCACUACCUCCAUUAUCUUCUUUUAUUGAUUCCACUAAAGAUGGAUUAAAAACUGAGCAACAGAUUAUAGAUGGAAUUGUACAUAUUAUAGCGGAUAUUAUAAAUAAGAAUAAAACUGUUUUUGAUAAAGUCAAAGAGCUUGAAAGCAAAUCUGCGAUAAAAAUCCAUAUUACAGAAUGUAAAACCAAUAGUAAAUCUGCAGAUAGUAAAGAAAAGGAUGCUCACAGAAAGUAUGAAACAUAUUAUGACUUUAAUGCAAACACAAAAUAUAUUAAACCUCAUCAGAUAUUAGCUAUUAAUCGUGGGGAAGCGCAAAAGUUUCUUAAUGUAAAAAUGACCAUUCCUGACUUUUUUGAAAAGGGAUUUAAAGCACACUGCUGUAAACAAUAUAAUGCAGCUAUCACAGCAUCUAAAUUACAUUCUAAAUUAUUAAACGACAGUAUUAACUAUGCUUAUACAAAACUGAUAAAACCCUUAGUAAUACGUAGAGUGAGAAGCGAAAUGAAACAAAAAGCAGAGACAGCAUCUGUAGAAGUUUUCGUAACUAACGUUAAACAGUUGCUUCUCACUCCACCUGUACGAGGAAAGAUCAUACUUGCUAUAGAUCCAGGAUUUUCGCACGGUUGUAAGUUAGCGGUAAUCUCUGAGCAGGGUGAUGUACUUGAAACAGGUGUAAUGUAUCCACACACAAAUGAAAAAAAAUCUUAUAAUAAAUCUGGCGAUGUUUUGGUAGCUUUAGUGACGAAAUAUAAGGCUACAAUUAUAGCUUUGGGCAAUGCUACAGCUUGCAGAGAAACUGAAAUGUUUCUAAACAAGUUAAUUAAGUCCAAUGCAUUCGGAUCGAUCGAGGUUUCGUACACGAUAGUUGACGAAGCCGGAGCAUCGAUUUACAGUUGUAGUCCCGAAGCAAAAUCCGAGUUCCCGGACCUCGACACGAAUUUAAUCUCUGCUAUUUCUAUAGCGAGACGUCUACAAGAUCCACUCGCUGAAUUAGUAAAAGUAGAACCUAAACAUUUAGGUGUGGGAAUGUAUCAGCAUGAUUUACCAGAGAAGCAAUUGUUAGCGGCAUUAAACGAGGUUGUUUCAGAGGUUGUGAGCUUUGUAGGUGUGGAUGUGAACACCGCAUCUCAGUGUCUUUUAAGAAGAGUUGCAGGUUUGAACGCAUCCAGGGCAAAUAAAAUUAUAGAAUGGAGAUCCGAAUUUGGACCGUUUAAAAAUAGGCAACAAUUACUGGAUGUGAAAGGAAUUGGGAACAAGGUGUUCGAACAAUGUGCUGGCUUCAUUAGGAUAUUGCCAGAGACUUCAAUGAAUGAUAAUUCUGAGAAACGCGAGCCUGCUAAGAAGUCUAAGCAGACGUAUAACUUAUUAGAUCAAUCUUGGAUCCAUCCUGAAUCGUACAAAAUAGCCGAACGUUUCCUGAAAUAUUGUAAUUGUAACUUGGAGAAUUUCGGAACUACAGAGUUUAUCGAAAAAGUAAAAUCGUGUGCUGACGAAGGGUUCGCUAGUUUGGCCCAAAAGCUUGAUACUAACGAGACGACUAUGGAGGUGAUAGUCAAAGGCUUAUCCAUGAAGAAGGACGAGGAUAUACGAUUAAAGACUCGUACUCCUCUUUUUCGAAAGAGUUUGCUCAGUAUUAAUGAUUUGAGCGCGGGGAUAUCGGUAACGGGUGUGAUACGAAAUAUUACACACUUUGGAGCGUUUGUGGAUAUAGGAGCGGGUAAAGAUGGGCUUAUACCAACGAAAUGGUUAAAGAAUUCGGUGGUUUCGGUAGGUCAGCGUGUAGAGGUGAAAGUACUUUCAGUAGAUGUUAACCGCGGAAGAAUUGGCUUAGAAUUAAUUAACGUAUUAUGAUAUUUAAUUUAUUAUAAAUAUAAGAAUAAAUUCUAAUUUUUUA